AUUCAACACCCCAUAUAGCAACAUUGUUUUGGCCCAGAUCCAGCCCACAUCUGGCACUUGUGGGAUGCGGAUCUGGCCCCAUGCAGCAUGGAAUGAUGGGCCUUGGAUCUGGGCCACAAGCAGGCCAUGGCAAUGCCACAAUGUCAGCCAAGAGCAAAGAAAUAAACCAGAACUGGACUUUAUCUGAGCCUCUAAAAUUGUAAGCCACCAUUAUGGAGAUGAGUGUUUGCUUUAGUUGGGCUCUUGACCCUUAUUAUUAACUUUAUAUUUUAAUUGGCUGUUGCAUUUGAGUUAUACCUGCCACCAGAUGAACAAAGAAAAAAAUAUAUAUAUAUAAUGGUGUUGGUUAUGUUAUUCAUCAUUUGAAAUUUAUGUUUGUGAUUUAUUUUGUUGGUUACUGCAUACCUGAGAUUCUGCACAAAUAUCCAGAAUGUUAGAUAUAAUAUAAUGGAUUUCUUAAAAGUUGUUUAAAAAUUAUGGAAAUGCAUGGAUCCAACCCCUUGUGAGAAGUUUUAAUUCCGCUAGGUGGAAGCAUUGAUCAGUCUGAAAUACCACUUCUGUUAUGAAAGAUGCUUCUGUUGUUUAGAUUGGGUGCCGUGCCAUAAGCGGACUCUCAACACCCCAUGAUUCAUUACCGUUUUCUACAUAUUAUAAAAUAACACAUGCAAACAUCUCAAUCUAUAAAUGUACAAUGUUGUAGAGCGGUAAAUAUUGUCCACUUUUCUCCACUUCGCCAGAGAGGGCGCUCAAGUAUUGGUACACAACUGAACGGUCCCGUCACGAGCACACAGCUGUAGUGACGCCACUUCCGUGACAAUAGGGUCAGCGUGAGAGAUUUAUCAACAAAAACAAGAGCGACUUGUAACAGCCUGUCGAUCAAAGUGCAGGAUUUUAAGUGAAAUGACGUGGAUGAACUGACCGAGUCGGUGUGAAUUAACGUUACAGCGUCUUUUCCUAAAUCUCUUCGAGGUGCUGCUCAUUCAAUAGUGCUGGUAUCUCUGAAAAGUGUGGAGGACGCUGAGCAGUCUCUCUGCUGGUCUGCAGCCACGUUUAUCCACUGAGCCUUGACUCUCAAUGGAUAAUUAACUUUUUGUUGUAAAAGUAAAGAUAAUAAAUAUUUACAGCACUGCUGUAACUGUGGACUGUGAACCUGUGAGGAUAAAUCGCAUAACAGCUGCAUAAGGUGUGUGGCUUGGGACAGUGCAAUGGAAGCUUCUGAGAUUGAAGGCCGCACCUUUAUGCAGGCGAUCAGUGAGAAGUACAGCCCGGAGAACUUUCCUUGCCGUCGGGGUCCAGGCAUGGGUGUCGUGGUUGUGCCAUCUGGACCACAGGGAUCACCUAUGAAAGACCGUCUGAACCUGCCCAGUGUUCUGGUUUUGAAUGGCAGUGGAAUCAGUCAUGCAGGAGAGGAGGGAGAGAUCGCUGCCUUCUGUGCUCAUGUUGUGGAACUUGAUCUGUCCCACAACAAGCUCCAAGACUGGUAUGAGAUCAGCAAGAUUGUUUCUAACAUCCCGAACCUGGCGUUUUUGAACCUCAGCUCUAAUCAGCUAAAAGAUGCAGUCUUAGAUCCAGGCUGCGCUAAGGCCUUUUCUGGCAUCCACCGCUUCGUUCUUAACAAUACCCAAGUGUCCUGGGACACGGUGCACACUUUCACACAAGAAAUGCCUGAGCUUGAGGAGCUGUUCCUGUGCCUUAAUGAGUACACCACUGUGACACCGGCUGCCAUGCCCUGCCCCACACUGCGUCUGCUCCACAUCACAGAUAACAAUCUCCAUGAGUGGAAUGAAGUUCGAAAAUUUGGCUCCAUGUUCCCUGCACUGGACACUUUGGUCAUGGCCAACAACAACUUGAGCUCCAUUCAUGACUCGAGAGAAAUCCUUCAGCGGCUCUUCCCUAACCUACGAAGCAUCAAUCUGCACAACUCAGGACUUAAGCAAUGGGAGGACAUUGAGAAGCUAAACUUUCUGCCAAAACUGGAGGAGGUGAGGUUGCAAGGCAUUCCUCUACUUCAGGCUUACACGAGCAUGGAGCGUCGCAGUCUAAUGAUAGCCCAGCUGCCAUCAGUGACCAACCUGAAUGGGAGUGUUGUUACGGAUGGCGAGAGAGAGGACGCUGAGAGAUUCUUCAUCCGUUAUCACUUGGGUUAUUCAGAGGAGGAUCUGCCUCACAGAUAUCACUGUUUGGUGACCAAAUAUGGGAAACUGGCUCCUCUGGCUGAGAUCGACCUGCGACCGCGUUGCCACGCCAAAGUGGAGGUGCGCUAUGAAGACAAAGUGGAGCAGGUGAGCAUCCGUUUGGACCAGACUGUCGCAGAGCUGAAGAAGCAGCUGAAGACUGUGGUGCAGCUGCCCACCAGCAAAAUGCGCCUUUACUACAUCGACAAGGGCACUGCCUUCGGCCCCGAUGAGUUGAAGUACAGCGCACUGGCCUUGCACUCCUAUAGCAUUCAAGACGGGGAUGAGAUCCUGGUAGUUCCCAAAAAAAAAUAAGUCUUUCCCCAAGAUCACCGAAUGCUAUAUUUAAAUAACCAAAUCAGCUUUGAACUAGCGCUAUCUAAGCUCCACAGAGUGAUUGGGACUGUCUUUUAGGGGAAAACUCCUAGAACGGGCUGGGGCUUCAGUUGUACUCAAGCGGCACUUCAUGUGUCAUGUCACUACGCGGUCAUAAGAAACACACUGAAUGGUGUGCACCUCUGGUUUCGUUGCUGUUAUUAAAGGUUGCGUUUUUGUCUUUAGACUUCACGAGCACCCCUGUAUUUUCAAAGGCCCGUUUAUUUUUAAGUAAAGCACAGCUAAGGGCUCUGGCAGCCCGGGAUGUGCUUUUUACAGAUCUUAAGACAAUCACCUAGAGCUGAAAGAAAACGUUGCACUGCACUGAUGAUCAUGAAUAAUCAUUGCGUGCUGAUGUGUGUCGUAUGCUGUGUCAUCCAGUAAUUACACGCAAAAGACUCUCAGGCCUUUUAUGCUGUAGAUGGGCAGUGCUUGAUUCACAUUAGGAAAUAUUUGCGAAACAUCUUAUUCACAAAUAUUUUUUAAAUAUUCAGUUCAUUUGAGCCUUUUUAGAAUCUGAUUGAUUGAUCAAGAGGAGAAUUGCGAAGCCGCAUGCCUGUACAAUUUAAUUGUGGUAUUUAUUUUGUUCCUUUUUAAUGUCUAAUCUCUAUUAGUACUUUCUCGGUUGGUUUGGAAGUGAGUGCUCAAAUUUGUAACUCUUAAGACAAAGCAUACGCUGGUAAAAGUGCUUGUUCUUAUUUCACUGAUGUCCAUAUUAUGGAGUGUGUUGAUUUUGACUUUUUAUUUUCAGAAUAAAUAGAUCUGUAAAAAGUCAACACAGUCCACCAAAGAUUGUUAACAUUAUUAUUAUGUGCCGUAUUUAGUGUGAUUUAACUGAUUGGUGUAUUUAUUAAUGACCAAACAAAUCAGUAGUAAACCAAUCAUGGUUUAAGACUGUAUCUGGCCAGUAUAAAAUAAUGUGUUAAAUUAAAG